GUUGCAAAUUCAUCCAUGUCUCUUCCGGAUCCGGAUCCGGAUCCCGAAUACGAGCUCUUGACCCGGAAACCCGCCCGACGCAAAGCCCGGCGUACGGUUAUGCCCUCGAAUCGAGAAGUCUCCUUCAUUUCCCCGUCUUCGUCAAGCUUCCUGCGCGCUGUGAAGUUCCAAAAGCGCUGGUCACCGGAAACGCUCUCCGACGAGACGAUCGCGAUUCGACCGCCGCCGCGAACAGGAGAAUCGCCGCCGCAAUCCAUCCCCUCUCGAGCGCCGCCGAUCCGAUUCGACAUGGUUUGCUUGGCGUGCUUGCUGCCUCUCUUCCUCGUCCCGAUCGUGAACUUGCUGCCCCUCCUCUUCGAUAUCAUCAUGGCGAAAGUAUACGCACUUUUCGGGUGGGAGUACAGGAAGCCUGCGAGGACUCCUCCGGCAUGUCCGUAUAAGCCUACAGCACCCAUAAAGGAUGGCAAAGUAGGGGAAGGAGUUGCGCCAGGUGUUCCUGAGUCAACUGGAAAACCACCGGAAGUGGUGGCAGACAAGAAGGAUGACUGAUAUUCGCUCGAUUGAGAAGCCAAGCAAAGAAGAAGAAGAAACCAUUGCAUCAUCCUGAAACUUUUGUCCAUUUAAGAAUUCUGGUCUGUUAGCACAUGAUAAAGAUGGACACCGAGAUGCACUUAGGUCAAAGUGAUGGUUUCUUGAAAUCUUUGCAAUUGAAAUUAGUCUCUCUAACAUGGUCAUUGGCAUUGCCAGAACCUUUCAUAUGGCAA